GUGGAUGACUUUCCACUGGCUCAAUCCACUCUUGAGUUCUGCGGCGGGGGUCAGACAAGCUCCAUUCACUCCAGCGAAUAUGCUUAUCAACAAUCCGUCUACUUUCGGCCCCUUGAAACCGAGGCCUUCUCGGCUGAUGUCACCGCUUCCUACUCAACUGCCACACCAAUGAGCACUUCCCAUCCAAGCAGACUUGGUAGUCUCUUCAAAUCCGUCUCCCUUCCGCAUUCUUUUGAAGACUCGGAAUCAGAGCGACUUUAUAGUCAUGAUAUGAUUUGCGGGCAGAAUAGUGUGCAUAAACCGUUGCCAUCUCUCUCCUUCAAUCCAAUAUAUCCAACUUUGUGCUUGCCUGCUUCACAAAGACUGCCUUUUGAGGCAGUGCCACAGCAACUUCAACUGCACCAAUCAGCACAAGGAACUCAGCUGCAGCAGAUGCACAACUUCCAUACCUCCAACAAGUAUCGGUCUCAAAGCAGCCUGAUUGGACUGCUGGGAAGCAGAUGUCAAAAAACUUCGGGUUCUUCACUCUUGCCAAAAGACGACGAUCCGAAACGCUUAAAAACAGAAGAAAGUUCCACCGACAACACAGUGCCUCGUUCCUCCUAUAUGUGUCGCAAAUGCCGUGCCCAUGGUCGGUUGAUCGCAGUGCGCCAGCAUAAACGUAAUUGUCCCUACAAACACUGUAGUUGCUCUGUCUGCUCCCUAGUAAACUAUGGCAGACACAUAGUGGCACGUCAGAUUGCCCUCUAUCGAGAUCAGAAAAAUCACCACAACGAAGAUUGCAGCGGGGGUGGGAAGAUGCGAAACAGUGGUGCCAAGUCGUGCGCCGAAAAAACUGAUCUGGAUGACGAGGGCCCCCACUGCCGACGUUGCCGCAACCAUGGAAAGACGAAUCCAUGGAAGGGCCACAAGAAAGUUUGCCCAUUCUAUUAUUGUAUCUGUCAGCAGUGCAUUUUAAUUACCCUACGAAAAUCUAACGAAAAGAACCUGCGAGAAGUGGUACAGGAAUCCAAUAAGGAAUUGAGCUUAAAAGCACAGAAGAAGCAAGCAACCGAAGAAAUUUCUUUUCCAACCCCAUUUUACAGUAGGAAGGCAGUUAAACUUAGUCAACAGAAACAGACUAUGAACGAACAUCAAGAAAUUCCGCUGACAUAUCCGGAUGGAUACGGAAUAAGAUGGAAGCCGCUUAGAGAGCAUGGGGAAGGUACACCACAUUCUAAUAACAUUAUUUCCGACGGAGAAACAAGUUUAUUACCACCUGAUGCCAUAACAAUUACCCAACAAGAUAAUACUUUCUAUAAUUCGCGCGCUCAUCAGGCAGCCGCUUUUGCAGCUGCAGCGGCUGCAGCUGUUGCUUUUCAGCAGGAAACAGCAGUUUCUUCCAAUGAUUCGGCAGUCGUGCUAAAAGAGGAAAGUCAGAUUAGCUGCAGCAGUCAGCCGUUGGGACAAUCAGGCUAUUCAUUGACAGAUACAUGGAUUGGCGGUGACGAGGGAAAGUGCAUUCGGUCAUCGAAAGUCGUCGACAGCAGACCUCUGGAGGGAUUCGCAGGGCACAAUGGAAUCAGUGGUUUCUGGCAAAGUCAAUUCCAUUCACUCAGAAAUGACGAUCAAAGUUGUGCAGGUGAGCAUAGUCGCCGAGGUAAAAUAAAAAGUCCUAUUCUCUGA